ACACAGCACACUUAGCGGACUCCUAGAAGCCACUCCUUUUCUCUGGAGCCCCUUCCUACACACCCUUCUAAGUAAUUUCUAAACUUGUGAUGAUUACAGAAAGAAGAAUAGAAGUUACUGGCGUUUGUAGUAACAGGAUGAGAAAGUGUGAGACUUCCUGUUAUGUGUGUGUGACAGCUGGUGAUAAGUGGAGGGCCCUGCACAGGAAAUCCGCCCAGCUUCUGCAAUGUGACCUGCCUGAAACUUGGGUGCUCCUUCAGUCUGGAUGUUGAUGGCAGGACAAAGGGGCACCUGGACCAUGGGCGACGUGGUAGAGAAGAGUCUGGAAGGGCCCCUGGCACCUUCUACAGAUGACCCCCCCCAGAAAAGGGGAGACCUGGUAGAAAUCUUAAAUGGAGAUAAGGUAAAGUUUGACGACACUGGACUUUCCUUAAUUCUACAGAAUGGCCUGGAGACCCUCCGCGUGGAAAAUGCUCUGACAGACGUCAUCUUGUGUGUGGACAUUCAGGAAUUCUCCUGCCACCGCGUGGUGCUUGCCGCGGCCAGCAACUAUUUCAGGGCCAUGUUCUGCAAUGAUUUAAAGGAGAAGUACGAGAAGAGGAUCAUUAUCAAAGGGGUCGAUGCAGAGACCAUGCACACCCUUCUGGACUACACGUACACCAGCAAGGCGCUGAUCACCAAGCAGAACGUCCAACGGGUUCUGGAAGCUGCUAACCUUUUCCAGUUCCUGCGUAUGGUGGAUGCCUGUGCCAGCUUCCUCACAGAAGCCUUGAACCCAGAAAACUGUGUUGGGAUACUGAGGCUGGCAGACACACACUCCUUGGACAGUCUAAAGAAGCAGGUUCAGAGUUACAUCAUCCAGAACUUUGUGCAGAUUCUGAACUCCGAGGAGUUCCUUGAACUUCCUGUGGAUACUCUGUACCACAUCCUGAAGAGUGAUGACCUUUAUGACGAGGAGUCUCAGGUGUUUGAGACUGUGAUGAGCUGGGUCCGGCACAAACAGUCAGAACGACUCUGCUUGCUGCCCUAUGUGCUGGAGAACGUGCGCUUGCCGCUUCUGGACCCGUGGUACUUUGUGGAGAUGGUGGAAGCAGAUCCUCUCAUCAGGCAGUGCCCGGAGGUCUUCCCACUACUCCAGGAAGCUAGGAUGUACCAUCUUUCUGGCAAUGAGAUCAUUUCAGAGCGCACCAAGCCCAGGAUGCAUGAGUUCCAGUCUGAGGUGUUCAUGAUCAUUGGUGGCUGCACGAAGGAUGAACGGUUUGUGGCAGAGGUAACCUGCCUGGACCCCCUGAGACGCAGCCGCCUGGAAGUGGCCAAGCUCCCCAUGACAGAGCAUGAGCUGGACAGUGAGAAUAAGAAGUGGGUGGAGUUUGCAUGCGUGACAUUAAAAAAUGAGGUCUACAUCUCAGGUGGCAAAGAAACACAGCACGAUGUUUGGAAAUAUAAUUCUUCAAUCAACAAAUGGAUUCAAAUUGAGUAUUUGAACAUAGGCCGCUGGAGGCAUAAGAUGGUGGUGUUGGGGGGCAAGGUCUACGUGAUCGGAGGUUUCGACGGCUUGCAGAGGAUCAACAACGUGGAGACCUAUGACCCCUUCCACAACUGCUGGUCAGAGGCCGCGCCUCUCCUUGUCCACGUCAGUUCCUUCGCAGCCACCAGCCAUAAGAAGAAGCUCUAUGUGAUUGGGGGAGGGCCCAAUGGGAAACUGGCCACAGACAAGACUCAGUGUUAUGACCCUUCAACUAAUAAGUGGAAUUUAAAGUCGGCCAUGCCAGUAGAGGCUAAAUGCAUCAAUGCAGUGAGUUUCCGGGACCGUAUCUAUGUGGUUGGAGGGGCCAUGAGAGCCCUGUACGCCUACAGCCCUCUGGAGGACAGCUGGUGCCUGGUGACCCAGCUCAGCCACGAGAGGGCCAGCUGCGGCAUCGCACCCUGCAACAACCGGCUCUAUAUCACUGGGGGGCGGGACGAGAAGAACGAGGUCAUCGCCACAGUGCUGUGCUGGGACCCUGAGGCCCAGAAACUGACAGAAGAGUGCGUCCUGCCUCGGGGGGUGUCGCACCACGGCAGUGUCACCAUCAGAAAGUCAUAUACCCACAUCCGAAGGAUUGUGCCUGGAGCUGUUUCGGUUUAACCACAGGAGUGUGGAGGCGGAGCCAUGUGGGGAGCCCUCCUCACUCUCCCCGGUGUUCGACCCACUUCAGCAGCAAACGGGGCUUGAGUUACAGGCCAUACAUCAGGGGGCUCACUGUGGUUCCCCAUGGGGACUCCUUGGAAGUCACAGCCUUGGGACACUUGAGACCAGCCAGGAAUGUUUGUGAGACCUACCUCAGGAGGGAAGAAGAGUAAUAUUGAACAUUCAAAUCCCACUUGUCCUAUACCAGGUUCUGUGCCAGGCACUUUUGUAUACCAAUGCCUUUAACCAGCAGAGUGACCUGGUGACUGAAUGUUAGCACUCCUGUUUUACAGGUGAGGAAACCGAGUUUUAAGAGAGACUAAGUGCUUUGCCCAGGUCACUCAGAUUGCAGGUGGCUAAGCCAAGAGCCCAAACCCACAUCUUUCAGUUUCAAAAGUCAGUGCGGGUUUUGUCGUGCUGUCUAUCUCAGAGCAAGAAAUCGAAACCCAGAUCAUUUUUUGUUCUGAUAAGUUUGCUAAAGGAUUUACUCAGAAAAGCAGGGAAGUAAAGGUGUUUCUUUUUUCUUUUCUUUUUUGCCUUACAUUUAAAUGAUAUGGAAACUUUGGUGUGGGAACCUCGGGUUUCUUGUCAGGAGGGUCUCACAUGUUCUUCCAUCGGACAGUUCCGGGGAGAUGGGUCCGAGAAGAUCUGUUUGCUAUGAAAGAUGUGAAAGACUUCUGUCCUCCCCAUUAAAAGCUUCUAUUUUUUAUGAUCCCAGGAGGCCCACUGUAGACUGGGACUGUCAUUGCCAGGCAGAAUGGUACCUUCAGCACGGUCCAGUCCCUGGCUUCUUAAUGUCCAACAGUUGUUUUACAAUGUAGAAAAGGUUUUUCCAGAGCCUCAGAAUAAGUGUUUUUUUUUUUUUUUUUUUUCUAAUGUAAGUAUCCUUACACUGCUGGCCACUGAGAAAUGACCCUGACAGUAUACUUUCCACUUUUUAAUCAGUGAUUUGGGUCUGUGUUCCUAUGACCACACCCUCUUGGAAGCUCUGUUUUCAGGAUCCUUUUAAUCCCUUCUAUUUGAUUUUUGAAUCGACUUGGCACAAUGUUGACUCGAAGAACAGAAUCUGUCCUUCACUCCAAGAGACAGAGCUUUCAAAUGAGCUCACUGGAAAUUCAUUCUAAUCCCCAAAUUAGAGAAACAGAUUAAGAGAUCCUGUUUCAUAUGCUGUACUUAAAAAGCAACAACAAUGGUAACAACAUAGUAACUGCAUUACCUAAUGUCCUUUAUUUUUAUCAUGUGAUUUCAAAUCUCUCUAUAUAGCAUUUUAUUUCAUGUCAGAUGUGCCAUAUUGUGCUUGUGUUUCCUAGCAGUUAGAGAAGGUAGAGAUACUAGAGUUGAUAAUGAAUUUAACUUUCAUAAAAAAGCUAUGGUUAGAAGGAGCUACAGUUCAAAGCAUAUGAAAAAGACUUGGAACAUUACAACUGAGAUUUCUAUUUAUGCUUAGGUUGUUGAGGAUAAAUAUAAAUGCGUGUUGCUGUGUGAAAAACUCUGUGCCUUAGAGUCAGGUGUGAGAGUUCAGCUCCCUGCUAUGGAAAGUUAGAUGGGAAAAUAUUUGUAGAAAUGUUACAGCACAUACCUCAAUUAUUCAUGAACACUGAUGACCUUAACUGAACUCUCAACUGAAACAAUUUAAUCUACUUCAAUUCAGCAAACAUUCCAGGAGAUUUUUAUGUUGGGCAAGCCGUAAGAACACCGAAGAACAAGACAAAUCCCCACCCUAGAAACACUCAGUAAACAGGUAAACAGGCCACUGGUGAAUAUUACAAUUUUUCUUUUCACCAAGUUAGAGAAAAACAAGACAUACGUGAAGUUAUGAGGUUGCAUCGUUGCAUCCAGAUCUUUGUUGCCUUUCCAGGUGGUCUCCUUGGGAAGCUAUGCUCUUAGGUCAAAGAUGUGGCCAUUGUUUGCAUGCUUGUCUUUCUUUUCAAUCACCAUUCAUGUGCUACAGGAGAAAUCAGUCAUAGUUCAAAGACAAUUUCAGGAAAGACCACUCAAAGAGGAAAUCCAAUGACAGCAUCACUGGCAUACACAGAGAGUUUCCCCUCAGAAAGUGAGUGCUCCUUGUCCUAGUCCUCCUUUGAUAGGAGCAGCUGGCAAAUUUUCAGCCCAUCAGCAGCUCAACCCUGUGCUAGGAAAGUAAGGAUUUAGGAUCUCUGCAUUAUAAACCUGGUCCUCAAUGCAGAGGUUCUCAGUAAUGGCAUAGGUUGGCAAACAGAUACAUCUACGAAGAUCCCGAGCUCUGCAUUUGAAGCUUCCAGUCUAUAACUUUUAGGGACAGAAAAAAAGCUCAAAUCAUUUUUAGGAAGCUGUAUAUCAUCAGUAUUUAAGUUUCUAGGCACUAGCCAGAGAUGGAAGCUCUAUAAAAUCAAAUUUUUAUUCUCAGAUGAACAAUUAAUUGAAAUCUAGUUUGCAGGAAGUUAAUGGUUAUAAGCUAUUCCACCAGCAUGGGGAUGAGGCAGGUUGGUGCCAGAUGAGCCAGAGACAAAGGGCCCUAGGAGUCGGGCAGGGUGUGUGGGACGUCCUGGCACAGCAGAUGGGAUCUCAGGGCAGGUCCCAAGAAUAAAUAGUGCACCCCUGGCUGAGAGGAAGAAGUUGAGGGAGGAGGAGGAGGAAGUCAGGUUUAGGGUCAUGGGUCAAGAAGAUGAUGUCAGGGGCUCUGGAGCUUGUGAGCAUGACUCCAUUCCCAAGGAGGGUGAGGGGAGAAUAAAGAACAGGGGUUCCAGGUAAGUGCCUUCCAGGAGGGAACCCACUUCUUAGAAGUGAGGCAAGGUUAGAGCAGGACUAGCAGUCAGACUCAUGUGUUGUGGGGCCUCCAAACUGCUUGGCUGGGUCUCCUAUCUUGCUGGACCAAGAAAGAGUGAGGCCCAGAGGCUGUGAUGAGGUAGACUCUGUAGGGGAGGUUGAGAGACCCCAGGCUGUUACGAAAUGGGUGAGGGGCUAAGCUCGCACAAACAUCAACAGAUAAAUAUUCUCUUAAUAGCUUUCAUCACAUUCCGCAUACACUGGCUUAAGGAGACACAUACACACACACCCCCAGCCCUUGAACUCAAAGCAAACUGUGCUCUCAGGGAAAUGCAAGUAUCAUUUGCUUAUAGCUGUGAAAGUGUAGCUUUGCUAUUUGUAAAAGUCCUUGAGGUACUGUUAUUUACUUAUCCUAUUUGAUUUUGAAAAAGAAAGGCCUCAGUAAAGUGUUCAAAGUGAAUAAACACCACCAGAAUUUCUUAUAUAAAGUCCUAAUGUGGGGUUGCAAAAUUUUUUUUCCCCAUAGAAUCUGAUCUGGGUGUUGUAUUACAUCUCCUAAUUUGAAGAAUUAACCUUCAUGGAAAUAUCUCAAACAUGGCUACUGCAAAACCAAUUUUGACAGGUCAGAUUUUGAUAUUUAUAGGUGCAAAUAACCAAAAAUUAAUUAACCAAAUCUUUUAAGCAUUGCGUUACAUAAGGUUCUAUUUUCUUUUAACGUGAUCAAACUAAAGAUACUGUUUAUAGGUAAAAAUACAAAUAAAGUUUUUAUUUAUUCAAUAAACUGUGUGUGGAAUGGAUAAGAAUAUGUUGUAUACAAUCACUAGGUGAACUUUUCGGCUUGUUUUGGUUAAUAUGAGUAAGCAGUAUCUGAAUAGAAGGUGUUUUGUUUUGUUUCAUUUGCUUUUUAGGGCCGCUCUCUCGGCAUAUGGAGGUUCCCAGGCUAGGGGUCUAAUCGGAGCUGUAGCCGCCGGCCUACACCAGAGCGAGAGCAACACAGGAUCCAAGCUGCAUCUGCAACCUACACCACAGCUCACGGCAAUGCCGGAUCCUUAACCCACUGAGCGAGGCCAGGGAUCGAACCCGCAACCUCCUGGUUCCUAGUCGGAUUCAUUUCCACUGCACCACGAUGGGGAACUCCUGAAGAGAAGUUAAUUUAGGAGGCAGAAGUGUGAAAUAUAUCAGUUGAUUCAAAAGGGUUUAGAUAAACUCAUAGGCUAAAAUUAGUCAGAUUUGGCUUACAGAAUGGUAAAAAC